AUGACUUCUAUUCCUACCUCCAAAGGGACCCAGAACAUUGCAAUCGCUGUCUUUUUGUUGGCAUGUUUUGCUGCAAUAUUCUGCGUGUACUAUAAACCAACUACAAGCUGGUUGAAAUGUCCUGUUGCUCAAAUCCAUAAAGAUAACAUCAGUGCAGAAAUGUGCUUCAGUGCUCUUAAGAUACAGAACUACAUUUAUGUAGACAACAACUGCACUGUCACCUUGGACACAAAAAGGAUUCAACAACUACACAACAAUAUCAUAACAACUACACCAACAACCAAUACAACAACAACAACAAUGCCCAAACCUCUGACUACAGCAAUGAAAGAUCCAGAGAUUAUUAUAUUAAUCUGGAUGUGGCCUUUUGGUGGUUCUUUUAACCUGAGCCCCUGUACAAACUACAACAUUGAAGGCUGCCGACUAACAGCUGACAAAAGUCUGUAUAACCAAGCUCACGGUGUUAUGUUUCAUCACAGAGACAUUCGUGGAGAUUUAUCCAAUAUGCCAAAAGAACCACGACCAGCCUUCCAGAAAUGGGUUUGGUGGAAUAUGGAGUCUCCAACCAAUUCAGGGAAAUAUCCUGGGCUAAAUAAUCUGUUCAAUUUGACUUCAAGUUACCGCCGAGAUUCUGACGUUCCAGUAACCUACGGUUCAUUGGUAGAGGCCACGGAUGAGGAAAAAAAUUACACAAUACCACACAAGGAUAAAUUAGUCUGUUGGAUAGUAAGCAACUACAAUGCAAACUAUAAACGAUCAAAAUACUUUAAUGAGUUAUCGAAGUAUAUUACAAUAGAAGCCUACGGUAGACACUUUAACAGACACAUUAGUAAGGAAGAAUACGCAAAAACGAUGGCUAGUUGUAAAUUCUACCUUUCAUUUGAGAAUUCCAUUCAUAAAGACUACAUGACCGAAAAGUUGUACAGCCCUCUCUUCUAUGGCACGGUUCCUGUGGUUCUUGGCCCGUCUAGAGAGAACUACGAGCAGUUUGUCCCAAGUGGAGCAUUUAUUCAUGUUGAUGAUUUCCCUUCCCCGAAAGAAUUGGCAGAGUUUCUGAAACACCUGGACCAAAAUGAAGACCUCUACAAACACUACUUUACAUGGAGAGAAAAUUUUGUUGUAAAGGGCGGCCAAUUUGGUCGUGAUCAUGCCUGUCAGUCUUGUGAACAUAUUCGAAGGUUUAAGAACUACAGAGUAGUGAACAAUCUUAACAGCUGGUAUUUUGUUUGAGGAUAGGAGAGAACGGGGAAUGUGGGAAAGCAAUUUUCUCAGUGCCAUGACUACAUUUGCAUUCCAAGCUAUGACGGCACUUCAGCACACAACCUUUGACGGAGAAGCCAAAUAUCACGAUUUUGCCAUCAUUUACCACGGUUAGGUCCAGAAAGCUAUUUAUUGAGCACUGAAAGCUUUACUUUUUCUAAUUGCAAGUUGCGUUUGUCAUAUUAAUGAUCCAAUCUACAGGUUUUUAAGUGCAGUAACACAUAAGGGCUUUCCAAACUUAAAAAAAAAUAAACCCUAUGUGAACGGAAUCCUGGUUUAUCAAUUUCGCACUGUGCAUUCCUAAGCCCUGGGUUAACAUUUUCAUUCGCAUAUUUGUGGUAUCAACAGUCAUGAUUGCAGUGGCGGCUCAUGAGGGGGCACUUAUUCAUAGUGAUGGGACGAGAAUGCCCAUGCCGAGUCAAGACAGAGUCUUUGGAGGGUCGAGUCCGAGUCGAGACAGAGUCCUUUAGAAUCGAGACCGAGUCGAGACCAAGACCAUAAAAACAUGUCAGUUUUCAUAUUCAUGAUCUAAUAUCACCCCAAUUAAUUAAUCAAUAGUUAGGCCUACAGACUAAGCUAGAUUGGGAAUUGUUUAGAGGAGCAGUCUUAACGUCUUAAUAUGGACUAUGCUUUUACUAUCAUUAAAAAAAUCCCUACCACUUGCAUCAUCUUCUAGAGAUAAAUAAACGGCUCUGAUGGCAGUAUCUUUGCAUUGCACCAUGGGAUGUCAUUUUCAAAUAAUGCCCGUCAACAUUGCAUUUUAUUAUUAUUGUUAUGUGUUGUGUGAUUUUUUUAUAUGAACAUAAAAAAAUGUGUUGGUCUCGAGGACUCGGUCUGAAAUUACGAGUCCUUCUCCUCUCACUGUGGUCCGAGACCGAGUCAAGACCGAGCCUUUGAAGGAACAAGUCCGAGACGAGUCCAAGAAAACAGAAAUCGGUUUUGAGACCGGUCUCGACUCGAGUACUACAUCACUACUAAUUUAAAAAAAAAGUAAAUAAAAAGAGUGUCAUGUGUGUUGUUUGCAUUUUCAAAAUAUGUGUUUGUUGCGUCAUGUGAACCAUGUGCAUCACGUGUUUUGUCAAAAUGCACGCAAGACACUCCCUUAACAGUAAACUCUGAUUACGCAUGAGAUUAUGCUAGGAUUUGGCAAACGCGAGCGUCUCUUUUAUCAUAAACCCUUUAGAAGUGUCUGCAGCAGGCACUUAUUUUGACAAGACACGUGAUGAACACACAAUCUUUUGAAGCGCAGAACACAUAUUUUGAAAAAAGGAACCACACACAUGAUGGGCUACAUACAUGUUGUGACGAACUUCGCAUCGAGCGCCCUCGAAAAAUAAGUCACCGGCCGCCACUGCAUGAUUGAAUAAAAAGCAAUGUCAAUCUGACUGUAUUAAAAUAGCGUGCUGUCACUUUAAAUAGCCGCUUGUCUCGGAAACGUAAAUCACUCUUGGAUGUUUUAAGUCUCCUGGGAUGUCAUUUUUACUCCAG